AUGGCCUUGGUUGCGAAAUGGCACCUUCUAGACAUGGAACAGAAAACCACCGUGGACAAGAAGCUUGAGAUUGAAUAUAUCCGUGACGACAGCCACAGCUUCAAGCGAUUUCUUUUCAACCAUGCUUUCUAUGAGGGCUUGAAGGUUACUGAGUGGAUUGGUUCAGAUUGCUACGAGCUCAGCCUACAGAGCAUCAGCAACCCAACCAGCAACAAGAGUCACUACAACCUUCAUUUCUCUCUCAAUCACAUUCCAGAGAGCCAAGAGCUGAUCGAGACCACAUAUCACGCUCACUUUGAAUUGGAGCUUGCCAGGUACACCGAGAAGGCGAUCCUCACCAGAACGAAGGAAGUCUUUCACCAACUCGCCCCUCUUGUCUUGGAGACCUACAAAGGCAAGCACACCUUCAAAUGGGGUGAACUCAGACAGAAAACAGGUGGAUUGAUAGACAGACUGGACCAGCACGAAAAAUGGCUUAGAGGAGACGAUAUGGAACUACAACAAGAAGAAUUUCAGUUUUUCAAGAAUAAUCAAACUGACACAACACCCAAAGAGGAUAUCAAGGGCUUGCUUAAAGAGACGGGAGCAUUCCUCUUCGUUAAUGCAUUCAUGCUUGCAUUGACCACUUCAGCUCUCAGAGACAUGGCCGAUGCAGCGAAGAACCCACACAUAGGAGGUCAUUUAGAUAUCGUCAAGCUUCUUGUUGAAGAAUUUGACACCAAUAUCCGUGCUUUUGGUGACUAUGUUCUUGAAGUCAGUAUGAUGGAAUACCAUUCCGAUAUUUAUGGAUAUUUCAAUGAAAUCGUUGGCGAGCAAGAGGAAAACAAUGAAGGCGAUCCAGGCGAUGAACCCACUUUCCCCUCUUUUGAUUUUGAUUUUGAUGAGGAUGACGAGGAAGAGGAGGAAAUCAAGCCUGAAGAGAAGGAGAAAAAUGACACUGACUGGAAGCAAACACUAUUAGAUGCAAUUCCUAUCAACAGACACCCAUUGGAUGAUUCAGACAGCGAAUUCAUUCAAGCACUUGAAAAAUCAGUUGAAACUCUUGAGCAGCUUGUUGAGAUUUAUCCCGAAGAUGAUGGCCUCUUCUAUGUUCAGUGCUAUAUGAAGAUUUUUGAGCCCUUGGUAACUGAUCAACACACGGAAGAUGCUGAGGAAAUUUGCAGAUUUUUCAAAACAAGACGAGAUGCCCCACAGUUUGUCAGAGCAAGACUUCAUCGAUAUUUACAAUCAAUUGAAGUGAAAGACAACCACUUCACAAUGGAGACCAAAAGUAAGGAACUUCAUGCCAUCAAUCGUAUCAGACUUAGCGGAUUCAAGGCUUCGCAUUCAGAAUACUACAAAUUAGCCAGCGAUAUUAUCUAUAGCCACUAUGAGAGAGAGCUUAAUGGCGAUACCGUUCUUUAUUUAGCCAGAGAUGGGAAACAACCAGAG